CGUUGACGUUCUAUCGUUAAGGAUUAUUGAUAGGUCAACAAAAAGUAGUUAAAUUAUGAUUAAAAUGUCAAACUUUAGUGCUCAUGAAGAUGGUAGUAGAGAAACCAGAGUUUUCAUUAACCAAGCUGUAGAGGAUGUUAGUGUACAUGGCUGUGCACAGACUGCAGCCCUGAAGGAGAAACAGAAGACACUCAGCUCUUUGCAGUCAACCCUUAAAGAUGUUGAGAUGGAAGAAGAGCUAGUGCAGCAGGAUCUGAGAGCCAAAGUGAGGGAUACUCUCCUGCUGGAGGGCGAGAUAGAGCACCUGGAGCAGGAGAUUAAAGUCCUGCAUGAUCGCUGUGUAUCCUUCAGCAAAGAAAACAGCAAACUCCAGACGGGCGUAAUAGAGGAGGAGGAGAAUGCUCACAUUGCACUGGAAAUGUCCAGCACUUACAGAAAAAAGAUGGAGGGUCACAGGGCGGCUGUUCUGCAUGCUACAAGUCAGACAGAGGCCCAAAGAGAGCUGGAGGAGAAGAGCGAGCUGGUCAGGAUGCUGACACAGAAGAAAGAGGAGCUGAAGGAAGAUUUGGAGAAUCCGGAUGGAAACACAGUGCAGAUGGAGAAGCGAGCGAUUGAUGCCCUGAAUGAGGAGAUUUCUGAGAGGAGGAAGAGUUUAGAGGAGAAGAGGGAGAAAUUGCAUCAAGAGUUCGAGCUCCAUACGCAGAUAAAGAAAGACAUAGAGAUCCAGAACAGGCGAUAUGAAGCCAUAGUCAGGCGCCUCCACUGCCAGAUGAGCAGAGCCCAAGCAGUUCAGAGACAACUGUCAGACGAUAUCUACCACUUGGAGAGACAGCUGGAAGAGCUCAAGAGGCAGCUGGGGUCAUCGCAGGACUCAGCGGCCGCUGAUCAUUAA